UCUAUUUAGCACGUUGUUUUGAAAAAUUCACUUGAUGCGUUAAUGUUAAUGUGUUGAUAACUGCAACUUUAAAUCAUGGCGAACGCUUAUUUCGAUGAGUAUGAAAACUUGGAGAUCCACGAGCUCAUGCUGAAGGAUCGUCCUCGGCAAGAAGCCUACUACAAUGCGAUAUUGGGGAAUAAGGAUCUGUUCAAGGACAAGAUCGUAAUGGAUGUUGGUGCCGGCACGGGGAUUCUGUCCGCCUUUUGUGCGAAAGCCGGCGCCCGUUUGGUCUACGCCGUAGAGGCAUCCAAUGUGGCCACCAAAGUUGCCCUCGAUUUGAUUGAGGAUAACGGCCUGACGAACGUGGUGAAGGUGAUCCAAUCACGUGUUGAGGAAUUCGUACUGCCUGCCGAGGCGGAAAAGGUGGACAUCAUUGUGUCCGAGUGGAUGGGCUUCUACUUGCUACACGAGGGCAUGUUGGACUCUGUUCUCCUGGCCCGGGACAAGUUCCUCAAGGAGGGCGGACUCCUGUUCCCCAGCGAGUGCACCAUUUUCGUGGCGCCCUGCUCGGUACCAUCGCUCUUCGAUGAUUGGCACAACGUGGACGGCAUCAAAAUGGACACGUUUGCCAGAAAACUCAGAACCCAAAAGUCAUCCAGGCCGGAGAUUACACAUCUAAAUCCGCAAGAUCUUCUGCACGAGGGCGUCGUCUUUCACUGGAUGAAUCUGCUGGAUGUGGAGGCCAGCGAUUUGGACAGCAUUCAGUUCAAGGAGGUUAUAACAGCCCAGAAGGCGGGCAAUCACCAGGGCUUCUGCAUUUGGUUCGAUGUACGGUUUCCUGGCGAAGAAUUUGUUCUAAGCACAUCGCCGCUCUCCCCGCCAACGCACUGGAAGCAGUGUGUAGUCGUCCUGCCCGAGGAAUCCUGCGAAAAUCUGGAGGAGAAGUCACCCAUUGCAUUUCAAAUCACAAUGAAGCGCAGUGCUGCCGAUAUGCGUAAAUACAAUCUGGAGGUGGAUUUGCUAGACCCCAACACAGAGGAGCAUCCAGUGCCUUGCUCCUGCCAUAUGACGAAGUGCAUUCUGACGGAAGCUCAUCUAAAAAUGAUGGACACCUCAUGAGUUACAUGCCAUCUCGGAAUCCGAACAACGAUCUGUGGGGAAAUCAAUUUAUUUAACAUGUUUAAUACAAAUACAAUAUAUAUCUCAGUCAAA